ACGUUUCUUUCAGAGGCUGUUAGAGCAGAACGUGCCAUUGAUGUAGCUGCACUCGAUUACUCCGCUGUCAAAAAACAGGAAGAAUGUGUAUUGUUUUGUUGCACUUGUGUUUUUAAGGCAGGUUUGUUUACUUAAUUUAACCAAAGAGAAACAAGGUAUGCCAACCAGGAUAACCACAAGUAAAGACAACAUAACCAGGCCAGACUAAUGUUAAUGAUCAGUCCGAGAAUGGCAACAGGAGCACAAGAGAAACAGUAUCCUCCAUCGUUGUUGAAUUUUUUCGUCUAUAAUCCCAAAUUUGGACCAAAAGAAGGCGAGGAAGAAAAGAAAAUUCUCUUUUACCACCCGAACGAGGUAGAGAAGAAUGAAAAAAUCAGGAAUGUAGGGCUGUGUGAAGCGAUUAUACAGUUCACUAGAACCUUCUGUCCAACAAAGCCUGCCAAAUCUUUACAUACUCAGAAGAACAGACAGUUUUUCUGCGAACCAGAGGAGAAUUUUUGGAUGGUUAUGGUUGUACGAAACCCCAUGAUAGAAAAAAACAACAAGGAUGGGAAACCUGUUGUGGAAUACCAAGAAGAAGAAAUACUGGAUUCCGUCUACAGCUCGGUACUUCAGCAGUGCUACAACAUGUACAAGCUUUUUAACGGCACCUUUGCUAGGACUAUGGAGGCAGGAGGUGUGGACCUGCUCAAACAGAGACUUGAGAAGUUCUUCUACAGGUACCUGCAAACUCUACAUUUACAGUCCUGUGAUCUGCUGGACAUUUUUAGUGGAAUCAGCUUCUUCCCUCUGGACAAGAUGACAUACUUGAAAAUCCAGUCCUUUGUGAACAGGAUGGAGGAGAGCUUGAACCUGGUCAAAUACACAGCUUUCCUCUACAAUGAUCAGCUAAUAUGGAGUGGUUUGGAACAAGAUGACAUGAGGAUCCUGUACAAAUAUCUGACAACAUCUCUGUUUCCACGCCAUUCAGAGCCUGAGUUGGCUGGAAGAGAUUCCCCAAUGAGACUGGAAAUGGCUGGAAAUCUUUUGCACUACGGGAGGUUUCUUACAGGUCCCUCUAAUCUAAAGGAUCCCGAAGCAAAAUUUAGAUUCCCCAAAAUAUUUGUGAACACAGAAAACACUUAUGAAGAACUUCAUUUGAUUGUAUAUAAGGCAAUGAGUGCGGCAGUGUGUUUUAUGAUCAACACCUCUGUGGAGCUGACGAGAGAGUUCUGUGAGCAGCUCGACAGCCUGGUCGGACCUCAGCUCACUCUGCUAGCCUCAGACAUCUGUGAGCAGUACAGCAUCAACAGGAGGAUAUCGGGGCCAGAAAAGGAGCCUCAAUUCAAGUUCAUCUAUUUUAACCACAUGAACCUGGCUGAGAAGAGCACCAUCCACAUGCGGAAAACAGCCAGUGUCUCCCUAACCUCUGUCCAUCCAGAACUUAUGAAGAUCCUAGGGGAUAUUAACAGUGAUUUUUCAAGGGUUGAUGAUGAUGAAGAAAUUAUAGUAAAGGCAAUGACUGAUUACUGGAUUGUUGGCAAGAAGUCAGACCAGAGGGAACUGUACGUCAUUCUUAAUCAGAAAAAUGCAAACCUAAUAGAAGUGAAUGAGGAAGUGAAGAAACUUUGUGCUACACAAUUCAAUAAUAUUUUCUUCUUGGACUAAAGAACAGAAAUAUAUUGAAGCAGAUGACUUGAAUGCAUUGCUGACUAAAUUUCUAGUAUUAAAAAAAUUAUAUCAGCUAUGCUGAUUACUAAAAUGCCAAUAUUAGUAAUGCAAUAAUUGCAUUGUAAAAAUGAACUUAAGUGUAAUUUUUCACAAACAAUUUUUAGAUUUUUAUUUAAGUUAACUAAUAGCUAAUUGGCUUUCAUUCCAUGUCUGUAAUAAAGAUUUUACUGUAAAACAAAUAUGAAACUGCAUUUAUUUUAAUCGUAAAGGCUGCAAUAAAAUGUUUUUGAAGGGUUUUCUAAAGCUCAAGACAUUCUGUAGCUUCAUUAAAGUCAGGACACUUCUAUUUAUUACUUCAACAGCCCUUUGUUAGAUAGUAUGCAUCAUGUUCACACUUCAUGGCUUGUAAACUGCCAAGCACUUUGAAUAAAAUGAGAAGUACUAAUUUUUGUGA